ACGAUAUGAUUGUUUGAUCUUAGCGCGCGACAUGGCGAAGUGAUGGGUAGUAAACAGAUCAGAAGUGUCGUGCUUUUAUUGAGCCAACUUAUUUGAAGUGUUUAGUAAAAAAAACAAAAAAAAACUGUAAUAAUGUAUGGGCGUUUGGUUAGUCUAUUCGUUUUUCAGGAUUAAAUUCUGUGCAAAGUGAACGAGGAUGGACUGUGUUGCAACCGGAGGAAACGUCAAAGUGUUGGCCAAAGCGAUACACUCCCUUUCAAGGAUCGGAGAAGAGCUUUACCUGGAGCCCACUGAGGAUGGGCUAACCCUGCGUGCGGUGAACUCCUCCCGAUCCGCGUUCGCCUGCUUCCUGAUGUCUCCGCUCUUCUUCCAGAGGUAUCAGGCUCCUCCGGACCACGCCUUUCGCUGCAAAAUGCCCAUCAAGAGCGUACAGACGGUGUUCAGAUCUCUCUCGUCCCUCGAGCGCUCCGUGGAGAAGUGCCGCAUCGAGAUGAACACUGAGAAAUGUCGCCUGAGAAUCACGCUGCACUGCAAACAUGGGCUUUUAAAGACACACAAUCUGUCCUUCCAGGACUGUGAGAACUUGCAAGCAGUGUUUGACAAGGACAACUGCCCCAACGUGCUCCGAGCCCAACCCAGGUUGUGGGUGGAUACAGUUCUGCAUUUCCCGCCCUCUCUGGAGGAAGUGAGUGUGUCAGUGAGCAGCGAUCGAGUUUGGCUGAGGAACCACGUGGAAGAUGAUGCAGACUCAUCCAAGGCCAUGAUGACCGAGCUGUGUUUGAGCUCAGAAGAGUUCGAUCACUUCGCUAUUGGAACUCAGACUACCAUCACCUUCUGCCUUAAAGAGCUCAGGGGUUUGUUGGUCUUUGCUGAGACAGCAGGUCUUCCCGUCUCCAUGUACUUUGAUGAGCCCGGCAGCCCCGUUGUCCUAAACGUAACCGACAGCGUCUUAGAGGCGAACUUUGUACUCGCUACACUCUCUGAAGAGGCACAUCAGCGCAACCACAACAACAAUAAAGCCGACGGUCCCCAAACUGAACUCCCACCCGAUGACUUUAUGUGCGAUGACAUUGACUCGUAUCUUAUCGCCAUGGAAACCAGUGACCUCGCUGGACCGUCCUACGAACCUCCACCUCAGACUUCCUCCACCAAUCGCAAAAGCCGACUUAUUAGCGAAGAGGAAGACGAAGAGGUGGAGGAGGAUUCAGAGGAAAGACCGCCCAAUAAAAAGUUCUGUUCGCUUUUCUUCGGCUCAGUGCUGCCGGCUUCUCCUCAGCCGAGCAACCAGACAAUACAGAGCCAGGAAGUGCUCGCCAGCGAUAGUGAGGACGAGAGACCCUCAGAAUGAACUCCACAGCAGAGAAAGAGGGAGGGCGAAUGAACAAUUAACACAAAGGAACUGCGGAACGCCACAUUUUUUUUUUUAAUCAGUGGUGAAGACAAACAAGAUGCAUUGCACCCAAAUCAUUGUACUGGACUACUGAGGGUCAAGCAGUUUUUUUCACUAAUUUUAAUGCAGUGGAAUUAAAAGUUAAGGUGUGAGUCAAGAACGUCAUCUCUGACAUACUUUCUAGAUCUUCUCAAAUUUCAUUUCUGACCUUGAAGGCCACUUAAAACAUAAAUGGAGAUUGAUUGUCUGCACUCGAUUUUAUAUUGUAAACCAAACCUUAUGACCAGUAGGGCAUCACUGGAUUUUUACUUAGGUAAUCACAACAUUUGUACGUGAGGGAAAUUCAAAUAAAAGACGCUUUCAAUAAAAUCA